UUGACCUUGUAUUUUAACGGUGAAUGUUGCCAUUUGCUCUGUGCGUAAGUUGAACCAAAUUUGAAUCACGUCUUUCCUUUUGUUUUUACUUUUUAUGAAGUUGUGGCACAUGUAGACGUAAAAAUCGGACUGAAUUGCACCGAUAAGCACAGGAUCAAUGCUGUUGUCACCUUAUCCACUUUGUGAUGCAGUAGUGGACAGGUUUAAUGUCUAUGAAAAUCAGUGAAAACAUUCAUGCAGGAUAGAUGAGACAAAAUAAGACAGAAGGAUGACUUAUUACACUGUGCAACACAUUUAAUGUCUUUUAUGUUUAUCUGCUGCCUCAUUGUAGUGAGAGACAACAUGGCUGUGGGUUUGGAUCUGCUUUCAUCUGAAACCUGUCAGUAUUGUUCUUUCAUACUCCAGGUGUGUACAGAAUAAAGCUCUAAAGGCCUUUCAGGGUUUAUAAUACAUAUGAAGAGCUGCCUCAGAUACAUUCAUCCCUCUUCUCUUUUAGUCCUAUUGUGAACACCAGGGUUGUCGGCUGCUGUUUGCUCUGUGAGUGGGUUGUUACACUGACUACACACUGUGCGUUUGAACAUGCAAACUCUGAAAAAAGAAAGAGUGAGUUUGUGUUGACACACAUUUGUGGACCCUGUGUACAUUUGGAUUUGUUGUGUCUCUGAAUAGAGAAUAAGGGGAGAUCUGUUUGUGUGUCUGUUUCAGUGUCUCGGGUUCGUGUGUGUUUGUGGGGGAGGGAUGUGUGGUGUUAUUGUGUCUCUCGGGGAGGUAUGUGUGUUUGUGUUGAGAGGAGGGGUGUUUGCAGGUCUCGUAGCUGUCUGCUGGGGUGGUCCGGUUCGAGAAGAAGGGGGAAAGAGGGUGUGCGUAUGGGAGGCCUUGCUAUAUAUACAGACUUCAGACGGAGACACACCUUCCUCAGCCGGAACAGUCGAGAGAGACGCACAGAGACAGUUGGAGGGAUGAUAGAAAAAAGAGGAUGAAAGUCAUUUUUAGCAUCUGGCUGAAAGAUUUUGUCCCCGCUGGUGAAGAAGCCUGUGGUGAGUACUUGAGGACUGAGACCUAAUUCAGAGGAUGUAACAUAUAGUUAAUGCACUCAAAAUGUGCAAUUUGAUUAUGACUCUAUGUGACUUUUUUCAAGUAUUGCUAAUUAUGAAAAAUCUGUGCAGAAACAGGUGUGUCAGACCUUUUCUUUGAAACAUUGUCUCAAAACAUUUCAGAAGCUGAGAACUGUUUUUGCACUGUGUGAGAUUUUAAUCUCUUAUACUUCCUGAUGUUUGUGUUUAACUUGACUUCACUUAUUCACAUUGAGUAAAAAUGACUUUAAUAAUUUUUUUUAUCAGGCAGUCUUUGUUUUUUUCUUGAGGUCGAGAGCAGGACGUCCUUUAAAUAGACUUCUAGCUCAGUCAAAAACACAGAAAAUUACAUAUACAAACAGUUUACAUUCACUUCUGACAUUUUUCAGUUGUUUAUUGAAUGUUUAAAACAUUCCCUGAAAAAUUCCUGACUUUAAUUCCUGAAAUAAGACGUGUGUGGCUUAACUCUGACUUGUCAUUACAAUCUGUGCAUGUGCAGUAUUUACUCUUUUCGUGUGUGCUGCAAACGUUUAAGAACCUCACAGUGAUUUUUUCAAAUUUACAGACCCUGUUAGCUGAAGGAGUGGAGCUGAACUAGAGAAGAGUUCAUGAACUCUGGCCCUGAAUUCUUUAUUUUACACAUCUCCAUCUCUGCACGAGUUUACAGAGCUUGACUUGAAUGGCCGGGGAUUUUGUCGAGACUGACACAGAGAUGUCAGACUUCCUCACUUCCCCAUCUCCGUCUUCUUCUCCGUCUCCCUUCUUCCACUGCGACUACAGCGAUUGGUCUCCCUCCUUCUCCAUCAUCCCCUCCAUCUACCUGCUGGCCUUCCUGGUUGGUUGUCUUGGCAACAGCCUGGUGCUGUGGGCCUACCUGGACAGAGCUGAGGGGAGGGGAGUGAGGACCAGGGGAUUGUUCUGUUGCACUCAGCAGUUGAAUAUUAACAGCAGAUGCACCCAGGAGUCAUUUUCAAAGAAAAUCAAGGAAAAGUCUGGAUCUUCGUCAGGAAAAAGCUGCAGACCUUCUUCACACUCCUCCUCCUCUUCCUCCUCUUAUCCUCCCUCCCUCCCUCGCCCGUCCCGCUCCCUCACAGACUCCCUGAUAGCCAGUUUAGCCUUGGCUGACCUCUGCUUCCUCGUCACCCUCCCUCUGUGGGCCGUCUACACAGCCAUGGGCUACAACUGGCCUUUCGGGCAACCACUCUGCCAGAUCAGCAGCUUCCUCACUGCCCUCAACAUGUACGCCAGCGUCUUCAGUCUGAGCAUGCUCAGUGUGGAGCGCUACUGGGUUCUGACAGGACGGCGGCACUCCAGCCACCAUCAUCCCAAGCAGAGCUGCCCCAGCAGGGUGGUGUGGAUACUCGGAGGGGUGUGGGUGCUGGCUGGGGUGCUUGCACUUCCUGGUUUGCUGCUGCGCUCUGUGAAGGAGGUGGAGCUAGACUCUGAAUCUGAGGAUGAUUGGCAGCUAGAGGAGAGCCACCCCACUGACUCUGGAUCAGUCUUCCUCUCCUGUCAGAUGGAUUACUCCAUGCUGGUUGGGGCAGAGAUAGAGGAGACAGAGAGAGAGAGGGUGGAGAUGAUGUGGGCGGCGGCUUUGAGUCUUAAAUCUACUCUAAUUGGCUUCCUUCUUCCUCUUGUCGUCCUCUUGGUCUGCUACUGCUCCUUAGCCCAGCUCCUCAGCAGGCAUUUUGGACGGGGGCCUCGUCCUGAUCGCAGGCGCCAGCGGAGACUCCUCAGGGUCAUCAUCUCAUUGGUGCUGGCCUUCUUCCUCUGCUGGCUGCCUCUGCAUGUUAACAAGACGGUGUCCAUGCUGCUGGAGUUUGGUUUUAUCCCAUACUCCUGCUCUUUAGAUCAGAUCCUACUGGCUGCUCAGCCGUAUGUCACCUGUUUAGCUUAUCUCAACUCCUGCCUCAACCCUCUGCUGUAUGCGGCCUGUGACCCUGCAUUCAGGAAGAGAUGCAGAGGAGCUCUGUUCAUGCUGUGCAGGAGAGGAGGAGAGGGAAGAGAGGGAAAGAAGGAGGAAGGUGAGGAGGAGAAAGAGGAGAGGAGCUCAGCUUUUCCCACAAGAACACAGGAGGAGACUGCAAGAACAGAGGGAGUGGAGGAAAGGGAAGGAGUGGAGGAGGUGGGGAGAAUGAUUGCUGAGGCCACAUGAACCCCAACCAAACACCUCAAGAUGAAACUGUUUCAAAUCACAGUGUGUGACUCUAAACCAGUGUCAUAUUUUCUCCCCAGUGUUGAUGGAAAAAACGUACAAAGGAACAUACAACCCCAGUUUAUAAGAGUUAAGACACUGUGUAAGAUUUGAUGAAAACAGAGCAAGGUCAACACAUCGAACACUGAAAUUGAAAAAUGCUUUUGUUUGAUAAAAAAGAUAUGCUCAUAUCAAAUUUCAUGCCAGUAAUAAGUUUCAAAACACUUUGGAAAAGACAACAAAAAUUCAAAAUAGUUGUGAAAUGGCAAAAAAACACCAUCUCCCAGCUAAUCUGCUUGACUAAAUACAGAGAGGGUACUCCACAGAGGCUGUGUAAAGAUGGGAAGAUGUUCACCACUCUCUGAGAGACUGUAUGAAGAAAUGGUUCCACAAUUCCCGAUGAUUAUCCCUGAGCUUAAGUGGCAAAGAGUCUAAGGUU